AGGUCUGAGAGUAAUGUUACUCUCAGAGAGAGGGUUGGGUCUUUAAGAACUCUGCCACAGUUAAUGAAUCACAUCAAAAGAAUCUGUCCGCACUAGAGCUCCAACUUUCAUUCCAGUUCCUGUGCAGAUCAGAUCCCUGCAGAAGAGGAACACUAAAAUUGACAAAAAGAUCCUGAAAGGGAGAAAGUCUGUGAUAUCCUUAGGUGCAGCUGAAGCGGAUAGGCAGCGUGAACCGGAAGUCGACUGAGGUGGACCGUCUCUCUUCACUAAAGUCUUUAAACACAACUUCCGGAAAGUGUCACGCUGUCCUCCAUCGCCGCAUAUCACGGUCUGCAGAGGGUCACAUCGGGAAAACUCAGCUGAAAACAUGGUUUUGGAAGAUAAAAUGAUCGCGAAUGGAGAGCCAGAGGAGGAGGAGGAAGAAGAAGAAGAAGAGGAGAUGGUGGACCCUUUAGAGACGGUGCGGGAGAAGUGUGAGCAGACGGAGCACUGCGUUCACACUCGUGAGCGGCUCGAGGCGUGCGAGACACGGGUCGGCUCACGCUCAGAGACGACAGAAGACUGCACGGAGGAGCUCUUUGACUUCCUGCACGCUCGGGACCACUGUGUGAGUGCUGAUGUUAGAUGUCAGGGAUUGUUGUUUUUGAAUGAACUGUUUAAAAUGAUUUUUUAUAGUUGA